AUGCCCUACUUGAAAGAGUAUGUGAAGUCGAUCUCGUCUGCGCAUGAGGUAUCUGGCGAGGCGUGCUUGGUUUUCGUUGCGCAGCAUCCUCCUCCACAUUUGCAGGACUUGGAUGGGGCUUUUCUUGUACCAGACGCUCUGCUUUGGGACUGCCAAAAGUACGCCACUGCAGCAAGCAGGACAAGCGUCCACCUCCCGCCUGAAAUAAGAUAUAGAGAAGCCACGGCAAGGCCCACUAUAAGCGAAGAGUCCAUAGAAAAAGUUGAGUUUCGAUUUGAAGGUCGGAAAAUUGCACGAUAA